UUCAGUUUAAUCAGCGGUCCAUCGGGACAGGCGAUCGCGAGCACCUCUGGCGGUACGCUCACCAUCCUCGACAACUACAAUAGCGACAACGAAAACGAAAACAAAACCGGCAACAUGUUGACCAUGGAGUCCGAUAUGAAGGGGGGUGGCAUCCUGCACGCGACGAUGCCCCCGCACCAUCCGAGUUCCCUGCAUGGACACAGCACCUCACCGUACGGUGCGUUAGGAUCGCUCAGCAUGAUGAACAUUGGCCAGUCGCAGUUAUCCUCGCAUCAGACGGCAGUUGCUCAGCAACAUCAUCUGCUUGGUGGUGGAGGUGGUGGCCAUCAACAGCAUCACAUGGGUCAUGGUUUGAGCAGCAACAACAGCAGCAGUAGCAGCAGCAACAACAACAACAGUGGCUAUGGAAGUCCUUUGCAACAGCCAGUGUCUGGGUUGAGCCCGACUGGGCUUGUCGGAGGCCAAGGACACUCACAGCACAGCUCCCCGACGGGGUUGGGGACGACCGGACAGCACCACAUCACGGCCAGUGGUGGUGGUCAUCAUCAUCAUCAUCACGGAGGUGGUGGUGGUGGAGGCGGUGGGUUGCUGGGAGUGAACCACAACAACAACAACACGAGCAAGGCGGCCCAGCAGAAUGCGGAUCGCGUAAAGCGACCGAUGAACGCGUUUAUGGUGUGGUCACGUGGCCAACGCCGGAAGAUGGCCUCGGACAAUCCGAAGAUGCACAACUCGGAGAUCUCGAAACGGCUCGGUGCCCAGUGGAAGGACCUGUCGGAGACGGAAAAGCGUCCGUUCAUCGAUGAAGCCAAGCGACUGCGAGCGGUACACAUGAAGGAACAUCCGGACUACAAGUACCGGCCACGCCGAAAGACGAAGACACUGACGAAGGCGAAGGAGAAGUACCCGCUCGGGGUAGGUUCGCUGCUUGGCGGUGGCCAACCGACCGAGGGCAGUGGGAUGCGUGGUGGCGGAAACUCGACAACCCUGGCCGCUCAACAGGCGGCGGCGGCAGCAGCAGCCGCGGCCGCGGCCGCAGCGAACCGUGAUAUGUACCACCAGAUGCCUCCGAAUGGCUACAUGCCGAACGGGUACACCAUGAUGCAUGAUCCGUCCUCGGCGGCGGCCUACCAGUCGCAGCAGCACUACAUGAGCAAUUACCACCACCACCACCGGUACGAGAUGGGGCAGAUGGCGGCGGCUGCGGCUGCCACCGGUACGACAACCGGGUCCCUCAACAGCUACAUGAACGCCGGUUACGGUGGCAUGUACGGUGGUGGCGGAACCGGCGGUGGCGGUGGAACCGUUUCCGGUGGCCAAACGUCUCCGUACGGUGGCAGUGGAGGUGGCCUGCAACAACCCGGAUCACCGUACAGCUCGACAAUCCAGCAACAACCCGGUUCACCGUACGGAUUGAACCAUCAACCCGGAAGCGCCCUGUCCUGCCAAAGCCACAGUCCGAGUGAUUCGAGCGUAAAGUCGGAACCGGUCUCACCCAGCCCGAUCUCUUCCGCCACCAACAACAAUCUGGCGAUGAAGCGAGAGUACCUCGUCGGUGGAGGUGUGCAUCAGCAACAAUCAUCUGCAGCGGCUGAUCUGAGCCACCUGAUCAACAUGUACCAUGUGCCGGAGAUGCAACAGACGGGCGGUGCGGAUCUGCAGCAACAUCACCGCAACCAUCUGAUGCAGCACUACCACCAGCACAACGCGAGUGUGUCGCCGGAUUUGCAGGCACAGCAUCAACAUCUGCAACAGCAGCAGCAACAACAGCAGCAACAGCAGCAGGUCCAGCAGCAACACCAGCAACAUCAGCAGCAGGUUCUGCGCUCCAUGGCGCCAAUCUCACACAUGUGA